GUUAUUGGUCAAGAGCGCUGUCACUCCAACGAGCCCCGUUCGCCUGACGCAUGCGCAGUGUGUGAAGCGGAGGGGCUGUUCCAGGGAUUUGGGGGUCUCUCAUCCAGUGGUGUCUGGGGGUAACCGGGCUCACCUCUACUUGUCGGAAUUCGUCCCGGAUCAACGCAAACAUGCCGAUCAACAAAGCCGAGAAACCUGAAUCCUGCGACAAUGUGAAGGUUGUAGUGCGAUGUCGCCCAUUGAAUGAGCGAGAGAAAGUCAUGGGCAACAAGAUGGCUGUAAGUGUGGAUGAAAUAAGGGGAACUAUAGCCGUUCACAAAGUAGACUCUAUGAACGAGCCGCCAAAGACUUUUACGUUUGACACAGUUUUUGGAAUAGACAGUAACCAGCUGGACGUUUACAAUUUAACAGCCAGGCCGAUUAUUGACUCUGUGCUGGAAGGCUACAAUGGUACUAUAUUUGCAUAUGGACAGACCGGCACUGGGAAAACGUUUACCAUGGAAGGUGUUCGGGCUGUUCCGGAGCUCAGAGGAAUCAUCCCUAAUUCAUUUGCUCAUGUAUUUGGUCAUAUUGCUAAAGCAGAGGGAGAUACAAGGUUUUUGGUCAGAGUGUCUUAUUUGGAGAUUUAUAAUGAAGAAGUACGGGAUUUACUUAGUAAAGACCAGACACAGAGACUAGAGGUUAAAGAGAGACCAGAUGUGGGAGUUUACAUCAAAGACUUAUCGGGUUAUGUAGUAAACAAUGCAGAUGACAUGGACCGGAUCAUGACUUUGGGACAUAAAAAUCGGUCUGUUGGAGCCACAAACAUGAAUGAGCACAGUUCACGUUCCCAUGCCAUCUUCACCAUCACUAUAGAGUGCAGUGAGAAGGGAGCUGAUGGCAAUAUACAUGUAAGAAUGGGAAAACUGCAUCUUGUAGAUCUCGCGGGUUCUGAAAGGCAAACAAAGACAGGAGCAACGGGACAAAGACUGAAAGAAGCCACAAAAAUUAAUCUGUCACUUUCCACCCUGGGUAACGUCAUCUCUGCCCUGGUUGAUGGGAAGAGCACUCACGUGCCAUAUAGGAACUCCAAACUCACCCGACUGCUACAGGAUUCACUGGGAGGAAAUUCCAAGACAAUGAUGUGUGCAAACAUCGGUCCUGCAGAUUACAAUUACGACGAGACAAUCAGCACUCUCCGUUAUGCAAACCGAGCCAAAAAUAUCAAGAAUAAGGCCAGAAUCAAUGAAGAUCCCAAAGAUGCACUUUUGCGCCAGUUUCAGAAAGAAAUUGAGGAGCUCAAAAAGAAACUUGACGAAGGAGAGGAAAUUUCUGGUUCUGAAGACAGUGGAUCAGAUGAUGAUGACGAUGAAGACGGGGAAAUUGGAGAGGAUGGAGAAAAGAAAAAGAGACGAAGAGGCAGUAGCAGCAGUAGCAGUUCUGGUUCCACAGUGAUAGAGAGACCAGUGGAUAAGAACUUACCUAGCAAGAAGAAGGUAUCUCCAGAUAAAAUGGCAGAGAUGCAAGCACGUAUUGAUGAAGAACGGAGGGCACUUGAAGCAAAACUUGAUAUGGAGGAAGAAGAAAGGAAUAAAGCCAGAGCAGAACUGGAGAAGAGAGAGAAGGACCUGCUAAAAGCACAACAAGAACACCAGUCCCUUCUGGAGAAGCUUUUUACUUUGGAGAAGAAGGUCAUCGUUGGCGGGGUGGAUUUACUGGCCAAAGCAGAGGAGCAAGAACGGCUUUUAGAUGAAUCAAAUGCUGAGCUUGAAGAACGUAGAAGGAGAGCGGAGAAGCUUCGCAGGGAACUAGAGGAGAAGGAGCAAGAACGCUUGGAUAUUGAAGAAAAGUACACCAGCUUACAGGAAGAGGCGCAGGGUAAAACCAAAAAGUUGAAAAAAGUGUGGACCAUGCUAAUGGCAGCAAAGUCUGAGAUGGCUGAUCUUCAGCAAGAACACCAAAGAGAAAUAGAGGGGCUAUUGGAGAACAUCAGGCAACUAAGUCGAGAACUUCGUCUUCAAAUGAUCAUUAUUGAUAAUUUUAUCCCUCAAGAGUAUCAGGAGAUGAUCGAAAAUUAUGUUCACUGGAAUGAAGAUAUUGGCGAAUGGCAGUUGAGCUACGUCUCCUAUGAGUUCUUUCCCUACACAGUUUGUGAGCAGGCUCUUGGGAGCCGAGGCAUUAACGGAUGCAUGCAGCCAUUUGAAGUGGACCUGUCUCAUGUAUAUUUGGCUUACACUGAGGAGAGUCUGCGACAGUCCUUAAUGAAGCUAGAAAGACCUAGAACUUCAAAAGGAAAAUCAAGACCCAAAACUGGUCGAAGAAAGCGUUCUGCGAAGCCAGAAGUUGUGAUAGACUCAUUAUUACAGUAACUGAUCAUUCUACUGGAUUAAGAAGAAUUUCUUGUGUCCGUUUAAGAUUCUGAAUUGAAAUGACUUUGGUAUGUCAGUGCAAUGUUAUUUGCCAGGUGGCCCGUGGAGAUAUGCAGUGUGUAGGCCAUGUAGGAUAUCUGAUGUGUUGCAGAAAGACAGUUUUAUAAUGAACAUGACUUGUCUUAUUACUUUGGUGUGCGGUGUCUCACUGUCUCGUGUAUGCGGUAACUUAAUAUACGUUUCAGUUAGUCUCCUUCUACCUUCACAUUUCACCCUCUUCAUGGAUAUAAUGUAGCAGGUCACCUAGAGCAGAGUGCCUGAAAUAAGCUCUUGCCAGAUACAGCUAAUAUUUCAACCAUGGGCAUUUUGUGCUGAUGAUACAAG